UAAUAAUUUACUAACAUUUUCUCUUUAUCCAGAUGAUUUACGACGCGGUUGUGGCGUUGAACGAACCUGAGGGUUCCAGCAAGUGGGCAAUCUCCACGUACGUCCGGAGGUUGAUGAACCCUAAUUGUCCUGAUGGUCAUGAGGCUUUGAUGACUCACCAUCUCGAGGUCAUGAAGAAAAGUGGCAUUCUCACCAUGGUUAAGAAAUCAUACAAGCUUGCCGUCUCUUCUCCUCCGGGGAACGUGGCUGCUGCGGGUGCUGUGGCUUCCGGAUCGGAGAUUCCUCCGACUUACACCGGUUCGCUUGAUAUGGUGGUGGCUUCCGGAUGGGAGAUUCCUCGGACUUACACCGGUCCGCUUGAUAUGGUGGUGGCUUCCGGAUCUGAGAUCCCUCCGACCAACACCAGUUCGCUUGAUAUGCUGGCUGUCACUGCUUCUGGCUCGGCUUCUCAGCCUCUGAAGCGAGGUCGUGGACGUCCACCAAAGCCUAAGACCGAAGCUCCACAACAGCAACAACCCAUUGAUGCUCGACCAAUCUCACAAGCGGUGCAACCAUCCACCAACGUUGAACCCAGCGCUGUCCAGCCAAGCGGGGAGCAACCCGAGUUGCCUGUGGCCAAUCCUUCCCCGGUGGUCACGGAGCCGGCAAAGAGAGGCCCUGGUCGUCCAAGGAAAGACGGAUCUGGUCCGAGCGUUCCAGCUUCGAAUCUGGCUGUAACGAUGAAACGAAGGGGCUGGCCAAUGAGUUGUAGAGCUUCUGGGAGAGAGAGGAAGCCCAUAUCUGUCCCGCCUCCUGACUCUAUGCUUCCUGUCGCCACCCUUGCUCCGGCUGGUGAAGCUAUGGCGGUUGCGGCCGUGAUGAAGCGUGGACCAGGACGUCCACCUAAGCGUGGACGAGGACGUACCGCAGGUAGACCCAUACAGGACACACCAAGGCUAGUUACGAGGGCUACUGCGAACAUCCAAGAGGCUGACUAUGGAGAACUCAAGAGAAGGCUUGGCCUUGCUAGCGAGAAAGUAAAAGAGAUCUUGAAUGUGUUGGAAGCUGGUAUUGCUGGGGACAAACAGGCUGUGGCGCAAGCUGCACAAGAGCUGGAAGGAUUGAUACUGAUGAUGCAGCCGGAGGAGGCAGCACCACCACAGAUUGAAUCUGAGACACAAGGAAUGGAACUUGGACAAGGAAGCAAAGGAGGAGGAGAACAAGCACCGAUCCAAACCAUGAUCCUAGCCCAGCCAAAUGCCAUGGAAGAAGUGCAGCCAGAAGAGGCAGCACCAGAGAUUGAAACUGAAGCACAAGGAAUGGAACUUGGACAAGGAAGCGAAGGAGGAGGAGAACAAGCACAGAUCCAGACCCUGAUCCUGACCCAGCCGCAGCCUCAGACCCUGACCCAGCCGCGGCCCCAGACUCCCCCUCAGCUUCAGCCCGAGACCCUGACCUUGACCGAGCCUGAACCCCAGAUCCUUCGUGAACUUGAGCCUCAGACUGUGCCUGAGCUUGAGCCUCUGCCAGAGCUUGAGCCUCUUCUUGAGCUUGAACCUCUGAUUGACCUUGAGCCUCUGCCCUUGACCCAGUCCCAGCCGCAGAUCCUGCCCCAGAUUGAGCCCAAUACAGAAGCUGAAGCAAUGGAUGAAGAUAUAUUCUGAUUUCUGAAGUGACGGUCCAACAAAAAAAGCCUAGACAUAGCCUUGGUGUUCGUGGUUAUGAGUGUUCUUCUAAUAUUUGGGUGUUGGAUCGAUCGUCUCUGAAUAAAGCCUGUAAGGCAUUUUUAUUUUUAACAGUUUGCUAGAGAAGAGACAAAACCUUUUGAUACUCUGGUCGGUUUGUUUCUGUUUAUGGAUAUUUCCAGUGUUGGAUGUUUUCUCUUUUUAUUAAUCUAAACAUUUUCUGCUCCGA